CGGCCACAGAACCCCCUCGGUGCCGCCAAUUCUCCCCCCGCACACCCCAUCCUACACGAGCGACGGAGCGUUGGCUGCCUGAAUGGUCGGCGGCGGUUGUAGUUUAGUUGUAGUGCAGUAGCGCUGGGCAUCGGAGUGCCGUGUGUCGCGGUUGGCCAAUAGUUUCCCAUCGCAAACUGGCCACGGGUUAUAAGAGGCGCGCGUUGUGGCGGAUAAGGUUUUGUUAAGUGUAGUAGAGACCCAACAGUGUGUGGAGGCCCCGAAAAUGGUUGGCCCAAGUUCGCAGGUCAGCAAAAUUCUGCUGUCGCUGCUCUUCCUGCUGAUCGUGUUUUUCGCGUGGAUGGAUGUGAACCUGUAUAUCCGCAUCCAGGACUACCCGAUCCGCGAUACGGACCCGUUCCUCAAUGCGGCCAACAGCAGUUUGCUGCUGCUGAAGCCGGUGCCGGGCGGGAGUCACCCGAGCACGGUGACAGCCCCGCUGCUGGCACCGCCAUCCUCGUCGUCGGUGCCGCAGCAGCUCAAUCGGUACGUCGUGCGGUACGAGGACGUGGCGUGGGUUGGCUGUGACCUGAACCCGCUGUGCGACGUCACGGUGAAGGCGAUGAUGCUGGAUCACACCAACCACUACCUGUUCGCACCGAUCGCCACGAUCGUUGACAAUGUGGCCGGCUUCUCGAAGGGGGACCUGGUGACGCCCAACAUGAUCUCGACGUUCCACGUGUUCGUGGCGAUUGCGGCCGGCCGGAUGGUGGCUUCGGACUCGCUCGGCUACCGGCGCAUCGGGGUGGUGCUGUUCCAGUUCCGCACCUUCCUGGACGAUCUCGAUGGGCACGUGGCCCGGGCGAAGAAGAACAUCCGGGGCGAACGGUCCGACAUCGGGUCGGCCGGGUACUACAUCGACGGCAUCUGCGACGGGCUCGGUUGCAUCGCGCUGAUGAUCGGGGCGUUCGUGUUUCUGAAGAACAAUCCACCGCGGCGCGGCUACACGCAGCUGCAGUCGAUCAUCCCGGUGGCGGAGUCGAAGGGCUCGUCCGAGUCGGGCGUCAUCUACAAGGUGAAGGUCACGACGAAGAAGGUGGCCCGGAAGGUGCUCUGCUACACCGGCAUGCUGAUGCUGAGCUCGACCGGCUGGAACCGGUACAUCGCGAUCUACCAGGACAUGCUGGAGCGCGAGAACGUGACGCCGACCCAGUACCUGCACCAGGAGUCCGUGUUCCGCUCGACCGGCUUCUUCUGCAUCGCCUGGCUGUGGCGCAUCUUCAACGUGCACGCGCUGCUCCACUUUCUGCUGCUGAGCAUCUUCUGUGAUAAGCUGUGGGAGUACCUGCGCCUGGUGCAGUACUCCGGCUACGUGGCCCUCCUGGUGAUCAUCAGCGUCGCCGAGAUGCACCUGCUGGGCGUCCAGACGUUCAUCUACAAGUCGCUCACCGCCAGCAACAGCUCCUUGUGAUUGGCCUAGAGCGAGAGAGAGGAAGAGAGAUAGAGAGAGAGAGAGUGUGUUUGUGGCACGUCGCCGUCCUCUGCGCCACCUUUCUGUACCUGUGUGUGGCUUCUCGAAGACCCGCCGGAGCGCUGGAUCGCGGAUCACCAAUCUACCACAGGCCUUAGCUUGAGUUCGCACGCAAGCAACGAGUGAGAAAGAGGGAUGCGGGUCGCCGGGAGAACUCUAGAGCACGUGUUGUCUAUUUGAGCUCGUUGCGUCUGUAACUGUAGAACCUUAGAGCAUCGCCAAAGCGAUGUGCUUUAGAGAGUUAGGGAAAAGUUGACGCUGAACCGUUUUUUCUGCGGCAAAGUGGGAUUAUAUGCGGGGAGCCUUGCCCAAAGUGGGGCAAAGACCCCCACACGAGCGAGGAACUCGGUAGCUGAAUCGUGACGAAGCGAAGGGGAAGAUUAACAAGAGAGCCUUUAUCACUGCGGUGUGUUACAUCAAUGAUUGUGUUUGCUAAAUGUAUUUUAUCUGUCAAGUUAGUGUGUAAAUGUUACGCUUUCGGGUGGGUGGUGCGUAUGUAUGCGUGCGUGUGCGUGUGAGUGUUGUACAGUGUGUUUGUUGAUCACCGCGCGAUCAGAAAGCGUCAGCCUAUAUCCACACAAUCAUCGAGUGAUAUUGUUUGAGAGAUUUCCGAGGGUGGCACGCCCGGUCCCGGUGAUUUUCUACGUAUUUUAGUUCGAAAGAACACUUUCUAUAAGCGUAUCGUUUUACUUCGAUCUAUCUGCAGCCGGGGGGACCGCUGUGGGAAGUAGCGGCGGGGUAGAAUUAGUUGGCCAACGUCGACUUUAAAAGUGACCAGGCGUCUCCAUUACCUGUACACACGUAUUCGUUUGCGUCACCAGUGUUUUCCUUUCGAUCUUGCCACCGCUCCCUGGAGCUCCGUUCGGGAGCAACAAAGCAUUGGGUCGUUUGCGGUCUGAACUGUUGUAACUAAUCGUUUCAUGGAUGUUAUCACCCUUUC